GGUGAUGUGAUGUGAUCCCCGGAGGGUCUGCGCCCCGGCCGGGCUGCGGCGGGGGGAUGGUGCGGGCCGCGCCCGCACCCCGGGAGAUGCCGCCGCCGCUGGUGGUGACGGUGAUGGUGGUGGUCGCCCUGUGUCUGGCGGGGCAGCGGGGCGGCGCGGCCCCCGCCUCCGGACCCGCCUCCGGACCCGCGGACCCGAGCCUGGGAGUGGAGUGGCUGACCAGAUUUGGCUACCUGCCCCCGCCUGACCCCGUGACAGGGCAGCUACAGACCCAGGAGGAGCUGACCAAAGCCAUCACGGCCAUGCAGCAGUUUGGAGGCCUGGAAGUUACGGGGGUGUUAGACGAGGCGACGCUGGAGCUGAUGAAGACGCCGCGCUGCUCCCUCCCCGACCUCGCCGCGACCCGCGCCAAGCGCCAGGCGCCGGCGGCCACCAGGUGGAGCAAGAGGAACCUGUCGUGGAGGGUCCGCACUUUCCCCCGGGAGUCGCAGCUAGGCCAUGACACAGUCCGGGCCCUGAUGUACUACGCCCUGAAGGUUUGGAGCGACAUCACGCCCCUCAACUUCCACGAGGUAGCCGGCAGCCACGCCGACAUCCAGAUCGACUUCUCUAAGGCCGACCACUCCGACGGCUACCCCUUCGACGGGCCGGGCGGCACCGUGGCCCACGCCUUCUUCCCCGGUGACCACCACACGGCCGGGGACACGCACUUCGACGACGACGAGUCCUGGACCUUCCGCUCCUCGGACGCCCAAGGGAUGGACCUGUUUGCCGUGGCCGUACACGAGUUCGGCCACGCCAUCGGCCUUACGCACAUCGCGGCUCUGGACUCCAUCAUGAGGCCUUAUUAUCAGGGACCCGUGGGUGACCCUCUCAAGUACGACCUGCCUUACGAAGACAAAGUCCGCAUCUGGCAGCUCUAUGGAGUCAGGGAAUCUGUGUCUCCCACAGCCAAGCCCGAGGCCUCUCAGGCGGAAGACCACCCUCUUCUGCCCGAGCUGCCGGCUAACCGGUCCACCAUCCCGCUGAGGAGGGAAGGGCCCAACAGAUGCAGCACCCACUUCGACGCCGUGGCCCAGAUCCGGGGGGAGGCCUUCUUUUUCAAAGGAAAGUACUUCUGGAGGCUGACCCGCAACAAGCACCUGGUGUCUCUGCAGCCGGCCCAGAUCCUCCGCUUCUGGCGGGGCCUGCCCCCGAACAUGGAUAGCGUGGACGCCGUGUACGAGCGGACCAGCGACCACAAGAUCGUCUUCUUCAAAGGAGACAGAUACUGGGUCUUUAAAGACAAUAACGUGGAGGAAGGAUACCCUCGGCCCAUCUCAGACUUUGGCUUGCCGCCGGGAGGUGUCGAUGCUGCCUUCUCCUGGGCCCACAAUGACAAGACUUAUUUCUUUAAGGACAAUCUCUAUUGGCGCUACGAUGACCACGAGCGGAGAAUGGACCCCGGGUACCCCUCGGAGGCCACUCUGUGGAAGGGGAUCCCGAGCACACUGGACGAUGCCAUGCGCUGGUCCGACGGUGCCACCUACUUUUUCCGGGGCAAGGAGUACUGGAAGGUGCCAGACAGCACAUUGGAGGCAGAGCCGGGCUUCCCCCGGUCCAUCGCUCGAGACUGGCUGGUUUGCGGCGACAUGCAGUCAGACGCCCCCGAGGCCGAGGAGGGCCGGGCCGGGGCCCGGGCCAAGCAGGGCAAGCACGACGAGAGCCGCUCGGAGAAUGGCUACGAAGUCUGCUCGUGCUCCUCGGCCUCCUCUUCCUCACCCUCCCCCGCCUCCUGGCGGGUCCCCAUGCCGGGGGGCACCCUGUCUCUGGGACUGGCGCUCACGGGCCUCUGGACGACAGCUCUCCUGACCGGGGUGCUAUGACACCGGCAUUGCAGGACAAGGGGAAGACUUGGAUGGCACCUCCGGGGCCUCGAGGGCCACCGUUGGCCUCACGUCAUUGCUACGUGGCUACUAGGGAGACUAGUCCUCCCGGGGCCGGGAAGGCUGUCAGAUUCUCUGUGAGAAAUAUGCUGCAGUUUGGAUUUUCUUUUUCUCUUUUAAGCCAGCCUUGCAAAUAAGUUCAAGCAAGUGGCCAGCCCACCAAAAACAGUUCCUUCCAGACUGCCCCCUCUGUGGGAGACACAAGGGCAGGAACCUGGAUCAGAAUAACAUUCCCGAAUACCGGCCCUGGACCGCUAGUGCCAGACCGAUGGGCGAGUGACUGAUUUGCAAGGCUGAAUACCCGUGAUGGGUGCCCUCGCUCCGACCACCCUGUUUAAGGAGUCAGCCGCUUCAGGCUAGCCACGUUCCUGAGCGUUGGGGAUAGGGAAAGAAGGAACAGCAGGGCACAGACGUCAGUGUGGUGCCGGAGCCUCCUGGAGGGAGGGGUGGGAUGCCGAUCCUCUCUGCAGGUGUCACGGUUGUCCUGCCCUGGAAGUCACAGGGCUUCCCCGAGGUCUGCUAGAGGCUGUUGACCCCCAGGGUGCAUUGAGAUCACUGGCCUCUCCUGGUCCAGUGUGGCCCCACUGGAAAGAAGGCCAUCAUCAGUGGGGUCCACUGCCUCCCUCCAGACCCUCAUCUCCUCCUGAUCAUUCAGUGCUCCAAAUUCUCUCUCUCUUUCUCUCUCUCUCUUUCACAAUCUCUCACAUACUCUCACAUUCUUACUCUCACUCACAAUCCAAUCUUACACUCUCUUACUCUCAUUCAUAUACUGUCUCACUCUCACAUACACAGAGGCAGAGGUGAGAUGGAGAUACAAAAGGUACCAUGGGGGUCCAGCCUCUCCCUUCCCCUCAGCUUUCCAGGUCGGGCUCCCCAUUUCACCCCAGGUGUCCGAGAAGGCCUGGGCACUUCUGGGCAGCGUUGAAAAGCGUGGCUGACUGGGCCCCAGAUGGGUCUUCCUGACCCUUUAGUUCCUCGAAGUCUGCCUGCACUCCCCCCAGCCCCACCCUGCUUGUCCCCCACUCCCAGCAGAGCUCUGCCCCCUCAUUCAGAUUGGGAAGUUGCUGCUCCUGCCCUGCUUCAGAGUCAGCUGCCCCCUGGGGAAAUGUGGGAGUGAAAAGGUUGCUUUCAUAAAAGCAUCUGGAGCAACAGUUCCAAAUCAAUCAAUCAGUGGCAUUUUUUGAGUGCUCUACUGUGUGCAGAGCACUGUAUCAAGUUGUUGGGAGGUACAAUAAAACAGAGUUGGCUGUUACGAGCUCUGCCCACAAGGAGUUUACAGACUAGAAAGGGGAAGACAGACGUUAAAAUAAAUUACGGAUGGAUAUUCACGCAAGUGCUUGUAAGGAUGAUCAAAGCAGAUCAAAGAAGAAACAAGAAAACAAAAUCGAAACAGCAUGGCCUAGUGGAAAGCACGCAGUGCUGGCAGUCAGAAGACCUGGUUUCUAAUCCUGGUUAUGCCACUUGCCUGCUGUGUGGCCCAAGGCAAGUCUCUUAAUUUCUCUGGGCCUCAGUUUUCUCAUCUUUAAAAUGGCUAUGAAAUCUCCCUCUUGGGCUGUGAGCCUCAUGUGGGGCAGGGAUUGUGUUGGAUCAGAUUUUAUCUUUCCCCUCAUUUAACACAGUGCUUGACGUAUGGUAAGCACUUAACCAAUGCACAGUUAGUAUUACUAUCAGAUCCGGCUCCUCCGCCCUACCCCAACGUGGCUUCGGGCACUGGAAAUGAUCUAUUCACUUGAAGGAUGCCGGCAUGACAUCGCUGCUGUCCCAAGAUGAGCGGCUUUGAAGACCUGCCUGGGAUCCCAGAAGUCCUGCCCCACUAGGGCAAAGGGGCAGAAGACAGGGAGGAGGAGGAGAAAGCCUGUGGCCAGAGGCCUGAACAGAACACAGACCCAGCCAGGGUCAAGCUAUUCAGAGGGACAUCCCUGCUGAAUGAAUUGGCCCACACCACCAUCUGUCCGUCCAUCUCAGGGUAACACAUAGAUGAUAUACCAUGAGCUGGUCCUAUAGAGACCAGAGUGGCAAUUCAAAACCCGUGCUAGGUAAUAUAUUGCAGGGCAGAGCAAUGACAAUAGAAGGAAUGAAAAAGAAAAGUUAACUCCCCCCACCCCCAUGCCCCCAGUUCCUUCUUUUUAAAUCUGUGGGGCAUCCUGGGAACACCCCGGCUGGAAGAGAGAUCCCUGCAAAGUGACCAUCCUUCCCACGAUCUUAAGCCACCAAGGAGUUUCGGAGGCUGCCGCUGUCGGGAUGCAGGGUGGGGGUGAGGGAGAGGAGCAGAGGCAGGCUCUGGAUGCCUGCAGCUGUGCCCAUUAAAAUGCUUUUUACAAACUUCAACGUG